CUAUGAAAGUAAUAUUAAUAACGCUAUUUCUAAAUUAUGAAUUGUUCGUCUGUAAAGUUGUCCAUAAGAAAAUCUUAAACCACACAAUCCUGACAAGAAACCUACACAAAUCACUAAAGGAAAUCGACACCCUCCUCCGUGGAGUACAGACAGAGAUAAGGAAAGAGAGGAAGAUUCUCAGAUCACAAAUCGAUUAUGAAAACGCUCCGAUCCCAGAAGACAGUAAUUUUCUAAGUUAUGACGUCACAGAUAUGUUUUGGGGCGAGACCGGAGUAGAAGGCGUAACACAUGAGGAUGUGACAUCUACUUUUUUGCCAACAAUAUCGACAACACCCCGUACUACCGAAGAAGAAUAUAUAGAAGAAGAGAUGACUGAUCUGACGCCACCGACCACAGUGCCGCCCUACACCUUUAACACUAACUACCCUGGAUACCCCUACGAACCUCCUCCUUUUAACCCCAUACUCUAUCCUGAUACCACGGAACCCCCAACCACCCGAAACCAGACUUUCGAUAUAGCAAUAACGCCGCCAAACUUUGGCAUUAUGACAAAAGACGAGGCAGAAGAAGCACCGCCCUCCACCAUCAGCUCCGACUACCCUGGAUACCCGGUGCAGACACGAAACGACUCAUUUGAUUUGGUUGUAACACCACCAACUUUUGGCAAAUUGACACGAAGUUUAAUAGACGAUUUCAAUAAGUAUUUAGGGUUCAUCAGCCAAAGUAAUAAGCCACCAGGUCUUUUCACAAUUAUACCUUUGGCUUCAAGGUAUCCUCUUUUGACAACUUUACCUUCAACUUCGAGAACUACAAAACAACUUUCAAAGUAUUUAGUGCGUAAUGUCCAAAAACCUAAUUUUGAAUCCGGUGUUCCGUUGUCAGGGAAAAACGUGGAUAAUUUUGUAAACUGGUUCAGCCAAGCGACCGCCACUACGCCUGUUCAGAGGUGGACUACGAAGUCGGUCUGGGCCGGGCUUACUGCCAUGCCACAGUCACUACGUCCUCUGUACAAAUCGCAAUUGUGGUACACAGAGAAGGUCCAUUGA